AUGCCGUGGAAAUGAGAUAGUAGGAGAGUAAGCAAAGCGGAAACGGAGGCAGUCACCGUCAUUCCCACAAUGUAUCUGUCGAGCGUUCCGUUUACCAUAGCACUUCGUAUUUUUCCGUUUUCCCCAGUGAAAGCAUAGAAAUUGUUGUAAUAAUCAUUCAAAACUACAUCAAGUAUGCCACGCCCGAGAGCGAACGGCGGAAAUAGAACGAAAAAAUCUCUUGUUAAACGAUCAGCGUAAGCAAGAUCAGGUGAGUCGAGUCCAAAGAGCUGUAAGCAAAACGUCAUCAGCAUAAGGGACAAGGUUAUAGAUAAGGAUCCUAAUGUGACGACCAUGUACGCCGUGGAAGCAUUUGAGAAUGCGAAUGACACCUCGAUAUUUUGGCACCAAAAACCGCUUGAGCAUGAUCGCAAGAAAAUAUUUCUUCGCAGCGUGAUUCAGCUGCUGGCACGGCAUAUCAAAAUAAGAUACUUGAACCAUCCGAUCGAGCGUUUCGGAAGACGUGUUAGGUCUAUUGGCAUCUAUCCAUGUAAGUUCGGGAUCCCGAAUUGCACAUACUGGUCCUGGCCCAGCAGGAUUGAACAGUUGAUUUAUUACUGACAUCGGGUCGAUUAAAUGCUCAUCGCGGGAGCUCAGGUUCCUGUAAGGAUAACCUCGGUGAACAGUGAAAUCAUAAUAGGGUACUACAACAUCUGACUUCGACAGAUUGACAUACUGCAUCGUCGACAUUUCGAUAGGAGGAUACGAUAUGAAACUGACUGAUGGAAGUGCCACACCCAUUCCCAAAAUAACGAACCACACUGGUAUGAUGAGCUGUGAGAAUAAAGUUCUCCAAUUGCGCAAUGAGAAAAGAACUCGUUUCCUCGAUUGUGCUAUAAUACGUCGCCAAAUCCGAGCCAUACUGUGAUUAGAAUACCUCUCGAAAGAGGAAAAGUCGAAGAAUUCUNGUGGUGUGCCUUGGUCUUCGAAAGAUCGUAUGAUACCUUUGCUACUGGACCUUCCCACUAGUUUGAGGAAAACCUCUUCUAAUGUAGAAUCAUUUAUCGAGUAAGUCUGUAUUGGGAAAUCUAUAGUAUUGCAGCAUUUUUCAAUGUUAGCAAGCAUCGCCACAACUUGGGAGUUGCUCCAAUCAGAAAGACCGAGCUCAGCUUGGCCACGGUAACAGUCAAGCACCACAACCUUAUUUCCGUAGCCGUUCAGCCAUAAAAGGAACUCCUCGAGACUAUCACUGGAAACGAAACGAAACUGCACAUCAGUUGAUUUUUCAUUGAACAAAUCUAUUUACCACUUCUUCGAUUUUAAUUUGACCGUUAGGCGAUAACCGUUUCCAAACUCUUUCUUCAAACCUAUCGGAGUAUCCAUUGCCCUCAACGUACCCUCCGAUAGAAUGGCAAUACGGUCGCCAAGAAUAUCGGCCUCUUCCAUAUAAUGAGUAGCUAUGAUAACAGUGCGGCCUUCUUUGUACUUGAGUAUAAGAUCCCAGAUGGCACGUCUAGCGAAAGGAUCUAUACCAGCAGUCGGCUCGUCAAGAAUCACAGUUUUGGAACCUAA